UGUGUGUGUGUGUGUGUGUGUGUGUGUGUGUGUGUGUACACCCCCCUCCUCUCACAACCGCCUGUGCGCCGUUUUUAAGGUCCUUUAGUCAGUCAUGUGAUUGUAACGUAACCCGACCGGAAAACACCGACAACCAUCGCCGCCAAUGCAGCGUCUGAGAGGAACAGAGCAGCUGCGCCGCAACCAACGGACCCCGUUAACAAACACACACCAUCGCCCGACUCCACGCGCUCACACGGAGGCAAGGUGGAAGUAUGGAGCUGGCCAACCACGGUCUUAUCCUCCUGCAGCAGCUCAAUGCGCAGAGGGAGUUUGGCUUCCUGUGUGACUGCACGGUCGCCAUCGGCGACGUCUUCUUCAAAGCACACAAGGCCGUGCUGGCCGCCUUCUCCAACUACUUCAGAAUGUUAUUUAUUCACCAGGACAGUGACUGCGUCCGCUUAAAGCCUGCAGACAUUCAGCCAGAUAUCUUCAGCUACCUCCUCAACCUGAUGUACACUGGCAAACUGGCCCCGCAGCUGAUCGACCCAGCCCGGCUAGAGCAGGGUGUGAAGUUCCUGCACGCUUACCCCCUCAUCCAGGAGGCUAGCCUCAACAGCCAGGCUGCCUUCACUCAUCCUGAGGCCAGUAUCCGGCUCAACACCUCUCUGUACGGCAUUCAGAUAUCAGGCCAACAAGGGGCGCAGUCCAGCCGUCUGUCCACCAGAAGGCAGCAAUCACCUGUCGACUCGGAUAGCGCAGGUGCGCUAAAUGGGAAAGGUUCCAGCGCAAAUGCGCCACUAUCAUCCGCAUCCAGAUUGCAGCCAGAUGUGGAGGUCGAGGCAUCGGCGAUGAGCAGUAGUCAGUUUGGGAGAGAAGGCUCUGAGGCAGACGCGUCGUCUGGCGAAAGCGUGUCCGCUUUGACAGGUGGGAUCCCCAACACCAUCCUGCAUGUGAAGCCCAGCAUCAUGAAGCGAAGCUCCUCGUUCCGGAAGCACUACACCUGCCAUAUCUGCAGCAGUCGCUUCAACCAGCGAGCAGGUCUGAGGGAACACUUGCUCUGGCACGCACAGGCUAUGGCACCUCUAAUGAUGGAGACUGGAGGUGCGACUUCCCCCAUACUUCCUGGAGGAGCUGCAACUCCCGAGGUGGAAGAAGUUCUGACUGGCGUCGGAGCAGCCACUCCCAUCAUGGUGGACGUCGAUGUCGAACAGCCUCUGUCUGGACUGAAAGCUUCUCCACGUGCCGAGAUGGCUGUCUCGGUUCCUUCCUUGGCGGCAACGUCGUCCAUGGCUCAGCCUCAAGCUGACACGCCUCCUCCGUCUGACAUUGCUGACAUCGACAAUCUUGAAGGCGCCGCUGACCUUGAGCGGGAGGUGAAGAGACGGAAGUACGAGUGCCCCACCUGCGGACGUAAAUUCAUCCAGAAGAGCCACUGGCGCGAACACAUGUACAUCCACACAGGAAAGCCAUACCGCUGCAGUGCCUGUGGGAAGAGCUUCUGCCGAGCCAAUCAGGCUGCGCGACAUGUUUGUAUGAGCCAGGGGGCGGAGUCAGCUUACACCAUGGUAGACCGGCAGAGCAUGGAGCUGUGUGCGGCGGAUGACUCCAGCCAGAUGGAGGCUUUGUUCUUGGGCUCCUCAGGAAGACCGUACAAGUGUAACGUAUGUGAAAUGACCUUCACCAACCCCAACGAAGUCAUCAAGCACAUGUGCUUUAACCAGGGCGCGGCCUCGGAGGUGAGCGUCUCAGGAACAGCGGGGAGUGGAGUGAACACUGACAAAGCGGCCAAAGACGAGGGUUUUGAUGUGUCUAGUGGUGGAUCUUUAGUGAUGGCCAUUAAAACAGAGGAGGUCCUGGCUGAUUAAUAAAACAUCCAUCUUAUAGAGACGUAUUAGGUUGUUUUUUUUGAUGGUUUGCUUCUUAUCAGCAUCACAGUUUGUGUGAAGAGUUUAUUCUGAUGUACCGCUAUCUGUGUGUAUCAGGAAAUGACUUGUGCAUGUUGUAGGACACACUUUUUUUUUCCAAUGAAGCAAGAUAAGUUUAUUACACCGUGAAGCCCCCCUCUAUUUGCUCGGUGUGUAAUUCAGGUCACUCAGAUGUUGCACGUUGUGGUUUAAGCCUUUCCCCUUUGUAACCGUCAACAGGAAGAGGAAGUAGUGAAUCGCAAUAACCCCACCUAUGGUGCGAAUGCUCUCCUCACCGCUUUCUCCUCACUGAGACUCACAUCCUUGUGUGAUUGUGUCUGAAAAGAGCACAAAAACAUUUCAUGACAUUUAAAGCAAUAACCAGCAGCAUGUAACCAUCACUAUAUUCCACUUUAAUUAUUCCCAUCAGCCAAAGAGUGUUACAGCAGUUUUUCUUCUUUCGUGAUUAACUGAUUAAUCCUGAUUUUAUUUAUUUAUUUUUAUUUUUUUAUUUUUUUUGUCCUCCAUCUCUUACCUCAGCUUGUUAAUCCAUUAUAAUAAACUUAAAAAUGCUAAAAACAAUUAUUUUUGCCAACACAGUUAAACAUUUUUUUUUAAUUCAUUUUUUUAACGUGUUUUUUAUCGAUCUGGAAGCAUUAUCAUGAAAUGUUUACAGAUGUGCCAUCUUGUUUUACAUUUUUUUUUCUUUUCUUUUUUAUUUAUCUCGAGCUGUUACACAAAGGCAGUGUGGGUGAACCUACUCGUGUAUCAAUAUCUAAAACCGAAGAGAGAUUUUACUGUGGGGAAGUUUUUAAAAGCCCUUAUUUUCACAUUUUUUUUUAACUUUUUUUUUUUUUUUUUUUAAUUUUAUACACAGUACUAUAUUUACAAAGAAUAUUUUAUAUAUUAAAAAUGUAUAUUGCAUAAAAGUGCAUUGAGCGUAGAAUAUAAUCAAUUUUUAGCAUAGCAUGGUGGAGCAUACAGUAUGUAGGUUGGUUUUUGUCUGCAUAUUUUUUAUUUUUUUUUUUUGUAUUUUUAUCUUCAUUAUCUGCUGUUGCUUAUCGUUCGCUCCUUGUUCAGCCGUCCAAGCACUGAAAUUUAAGGACCUGACUACUAUUGAUGAAAUGUAGGGUUAUAGACAGGCAUUUGACAUUCGUAAUAUUAUUGAUGUUUUUGUUUUAUAUUCACAGCUAGACAAAUGUACCGAAAAAGAUAUGAGCGGCGUGAAAAAAAAAAAAAGGAAGUUAUUUUUAUUUUAGAACUUGAUUCAGGAACAAGAAAAUGGGACCGAUGUUUGUUUGUUUUUUAAAAAAGUAUUAUUUCCUCUACAGAGCCAUGUUUUUUUGUUUGUUUGUUUGUUUUUGUUGUUUUUUUUUCUUUUCUUUUUUGAGAUGAUUUUGUGAAUUGAAUUACUACUGAUUGGUUGAAGUCUGGGGUUUGAUGUCGUGCUCCUCUUCACUCCAACCGUUCCUUUUUGUCGACUCCUGGUGGUCGCAUCAUGAACAGACAUGAAAAAUGAUAUUUUUUUUUUUUUUUGGUGUCUUGUUUUGUUUUUUUAUACUGUUGCUAUGUCAUCAUAUGCAUCUAGCUCGUGUGUUUUUUGUUCCCAGUUUAUUUUCGAGGCAGUUACAGGGAGGGGGUUGAAGGAUCUCCUCCCCAAAAAUGCACAAACUCCAAAGCGAAGGCAAACAUACAGUAUACUGUGAUCUGCAGCACCUCAGGAAAUGAACAACUGCCUCAGAAUAAACGUGAUUUGUGAUUGUCUGUAAUGAACAAUAAACUUUUUUUUUUCUUGUA